AUGUUUAUGAUAAGUUUUGAGCUUCACCACCUGAACACAAACCGUCUCAACAACACAAAAAAUGCAGAUAUCGAUGUACUCUUUUUUAACCGCGCCGCCAAAGUCGGAAGUGAGGCAAUGCUGGAGCUCUUCAUUGCACUGGAAAAGUACCGCGAUGAUGUAACACUAGAAAGACGUGGUCUUUCUACCAGAACCUUUCGUCAGAUGAACAAAAAACAAAGACGAGAGUCUGCUGAAUUUGUCGCUGACUUGGAUGAGGGCACCAUGUACAUAGAGCAUAUCAAUUGGCUGGACUUCGACGAGUUCGAUUUACCAAAGCCUAUUUACAUUAACCUGGUCCGCGAUCCCGUUGAGAGGGUUAUUAGUUGGUUCUACUAUGCCCGAAGCUCCUACAAGAAUGCCAUUGAGUACCGAAAAAACCCAAAUAAAAAUAUUAGGCCGGCUUCUUGGUACAAAAAGGACUUCAACGAGUGUGUGAGGAGUGGCGAUCCGGAGUGUCAAUAUGUACCCCACACGGUGAAGGACGCGUUUGCCAAUUUCAAGAGACAAUCCUUGUUUUACUGCGGUCAUCACGAUGAUUGCAUUCCCUUUAACUCGCCGACUGCCGUGCAAAUGGCCAAGGAACACGUGGAAAGGGAUUACGCUGUCGUAGGCAGCUGGGAGGAUACGAAUAUAACCCUGAUUGUGCUCGAGAAGUAUAUUCCGCGAUUCUUUCGCGGUGCCAAGCUCAUGUACGAAAUGCACAAUAACAAGAUCACCAAUCGGAACAAAAACAAACGCAAGCCGUUCAUCGAGCCGGAGGUCAAGGAUAUAAUCCGCAAGAACUUCACUAACGAGUACGAGUUUUACUACUUCUGCAAGCAGCGUUUGUACAAACAGUAUUUGGCUCUUAACCUGAAGGAGUUGGAGGAGCAUGGUCUUUUGAACUAGUUGACUAGACUCCGACAUUUAGAUUUUAGAUGGUGAUAUAUAUGCGAACAAAUCUUAACAGUUUAAUAAACAGUAGUCAGUAAAACCGUAGAGCAGUAGACCCACACUUUCCUUACACGUUGUUCCCAUAUCUGUGUUGUAUUUGUUGUCUGGCAUCGUCCCUUCCCAUGAAGCUUCUAAACCCAUACCCUAUCCCC